AUGCGGUCCAACCACUUUCCUUCCAGCCCGCCCUCCAACGAGGGUACGGCUCCCACCCCAUCCACCAAGAACACCGUCGAUACGACGGUGACCGAAGAUGAUCUUGUUGCUGCCGUUGGCGGCCUGAGCCUCUCCCAGGAGAAGACCAGCCGCACCAACGAUCCUUUCCUCGAGGUCCCUGCCGGCUACAGUCGUCGUCCUCUCGUUGGCUUGUCUCCUACUGCCGCUGAGUUCACUCCUGGACAUCAGCUUUUCAACAAUGCUCAACUCUCCAGCCACCAAGCUGUGGUUGCUCAAGACGAGGCCUUCUCCAGCGAUGCUGGACAGCCAAAGCGUGCUAUCUUGGUUCAGAAGCACUCUCAAGACCUCGACAGCGGCAUGAAGGCUCGCAUUGUCAAGCUCCUCAACACUGCUCGUCUCAUGAUUCUCGCCAUCGAAUCCACCGGUUUCGUUGAACCCGGCGAAAAGUGUUUGGUCCGCUUCGACGACAUCCGUGAUGCGCAGAAGGCCUUUGACAUCAUCGUUGAUAACAUCGACGACGCUGAUGUGUCUUACCUUGAACCCAAAGCCGUAGCUCGCAUUCGAGGCUUUCCAGACACCAAGACCAGCAACUUCGACGGCCAGGUCACAUUCGACAUGAUGUGGAAUGAGUAUGCUCGCCCUAUCCAAACCCCUUCCAUCAUCAGCAUCUUCAAGCAGACUCUCCAAGCCGUCUGCCGUGUCAAGAUCAAGGCUUGCCAACUCCUCGACCACCAGCAGCUUCGCUGCCGUAAGCUCCGCGUGGAGUUCUACGACAUUCAUACUGCCACAGAGAUCGUCCGCAUGCACGAGUUCGAACACAAGGGCAUUCGCUUGGAAGCCGAGCGCUACCAAGCAGUUCUCCAUGGUCCCUACACUCCAUCAACUUCUCCGACUCAUGGUGGAUACGGUCACUCCAUCGAUGAGUAUGAUGACUCCAGCUUUGGCCCAAGCGUCACUGGUCGCUCCAUGGUCUCCUCUUACGGCCCUCCUCAACGCGGUCAUGCUGAAUUCUAUGGUUCUCCUGCCAUCAACGAUCAUGAUUUCAUGUUUCCUUCUGGCUACGGCAAUCAAUACCGUGGCUCGUCUCGCGACGAAGAAAACUCGAUCGAUGUCUACGCCAUUCAAGCUGGUACUGAUGUUCGCACCACUGUCAUGUUGCGCAACGUUCCAAACCGCGUCAACUGUCACCAGCUAAAAGCUAUGCUCGACAUCACUAGCCACGGACGAUACGACUUCAUGUACCUUCGUAUCGAUUUUGCCAACCAGUGCAACGUUGGCUAUGCAUUCAUCAACUUUGCUACUCCCGAGGAUAUCAUUCCAUUCGCUCAGGCCCGUCAACGUCGUCGCUGGACUAUGUUCAACUCCUCGAAACAAGCUCAGAUCUCUUAUGCCACUAUCCAAGGUCGUGAGAACCUCGUCCAGAAGUUCCGCAACUCCUCUGUCAUGUUUGAGCAUCCUGACUUCAUCCCGAAGCUCUUCGAAGUCGGCACUGGUCUUCCUGAGGCUUUCCCACCUUGCGACAAUUCGUGGAAGUUGCGUCGUUCUAUGGAGAACGCUGAUUCCAUUGGUUUGUUCAUCCGUCCUGGUCGUCGUCAGCGCGGCUUCUACAUGCCCGGUCCCCGCACCCAAGGCACUCAUCACUACGGCUACACCGCCCCUCACCGUUUCCCACCCACUCCACCCUACAACCCUCCAAGUCAGCACGUGUAUGGCAUCCCUACUUCCAUGGUUGGCCGUCCAUCCUAUCCUGUCUGGAAUCCUCAAACCGGAUAUCAUGGUCAGCCCGCUCGUGGCCAUGUAGCCUUCCCUUCCCCAUUGAAUCACGACAACCGUGGCAAUGGAACCCAAGCUCCUCCUCGUCGCAACAACGAGUCCAGUCCAACUGAAACUCGUCGUCGCACAGACUUUGGUCCCAUUGGAUCUCGUCGAGGCAGUCGUCAAGACUCCAGUGAUGAGUCCAGCACUGAGACCUGGGACAACCCCAACCCCAAGCCCAAGCCCCGACGUUGA